CCUACUUAAACAUAUUUAUAUUAUCUGGAACAAGUCUAAUUUUCUUUUCUAAUGACAGCUUUGAAGAACAUUCUGAAGCUUGUAUAGGAGACAAUAUAUCAAGAAUCUAUUUAUUGAGUUCUUCUAGAACAAAAGCCAGGAGCUCCCUAAUGUAAACACAUUAGUGUUUGUUUUGAGGAGGAAAUCUAUAGACUUUUUUUAAGCAACCAUAAAGCAGACAGCUUAGUUCAAAAAAUCCAUUUCGGAAGAUGUCACUGAACAACUCUUCCAAUGUAUUUCUGGAUUCCGCACCCAGUAAUGCCAAUCGCUUUCAAGUUAAUGUCAUAAAUGAGAGCCAUGAGAGCAGUGUGGCUGCGAAUGACAACACUGACCCUCCACAUUAUGAGGAAACCUCUUUUGGGGAUGAAGGCCAGAACAGAUUCAGAAUCAGCUUUAGACCUGGGAAUCAGGACCGCUAUGACAACUUCCUCCAAACUGGAGAAACUGCUAAAACAGAUGCCAGUUUUCAUGCUUAUGAUUCUCACACAAACACAUACUACCUACAAACCUUUGGCCACAACACCAUGGAUGCUGUUCCCAAGAUCGAGUACUAUCGCAACACUGGCAGCAUCAGUGGGCCCAAGGUCAACCGACCCAGCCUGCUUGAGAUUCACGAGCAACUGGCAAAGAAUGUAUCAGUGGCCCCGGGUUCAGCUGACGUGGUUGCCAACGGGGAUGGGAUGCCUGGUGACGAACAAGCUGAAAACAAGGAAGAAGACCAAGCCGGUGCUGUGAAGUUUGGAUGGGUGAAAGGUGUGCUGGUAAGAUGUAUGCUGAAUAUCUGGGGUGUCAUGCUCUUCAUUCGCCUCUCCUGGAUUGUUGGAGAAGCUGGGAUCGGUCUUGGAGUUCUCAUAAUUCUUCUUUCCACCAUGGUAACUUCUAUUACUGGGUUGUCAACUUCUGCAAUAGCAACUAACGGGUUUGUUCGUGGAGGUGGGGCCUACUACCUUAUUUCCAGAAGCUUAGGGCCCGAGUUUGGUGGGUCUAUAGGCUUGAUCUUUGCUUUUGCCAAUGCAGUGGCUGUUGCUAUGUAUGUGGUGGGAUUUGCUGAGACUGUGGUAGAUCUUCUUAAGGAGAGUGAUUCGAUGAUGGUGGAUCCAACCAAUGACAUCCGGAUAAUAGGCUCCAUCACAGUGGUGAUUCUUUUGGGAAUUUCAGUAGCUGGAAUGGAAUGGGAAGCAAAGGCUCAAGUGAUUCUUCUGAUCAUUCUUCUCAUUGCUAUUGCAAACUUCUUCAUUGGAACUGUCAUUCCCUCCAACAAUGAGAAAAAGUCCAGAGGUUUCUUUAAUUACCAAGCAUCAAUAUUUGCAGAAAACUUUGGGCCAAGCUUCACAAAAGGUGAAGGCUUCUUCUCUGUCUUUGCCAUUUUUUUCCCAGCAGCAACUGGGAUUCUUGCUGGUGCCAAUAUCUCGGGAGAUUUGGAGGAUCCCCAAGAUGCUAUCCCCAGAGGGACCAUGCUGGCCAUCUUCAUCACCACUGUCGCCUACAUAGGAGUUGCUAUUUGUGUCGGGGCCUGUGUGGUCCGAGAUGCCACCGGGAGCGUGAAUGACACCAUCAUUUCUGGGAUGAACUGCAAUGGUUCAGCAGCCUGUGGGUUAGGCUACGACUUCUCAAGAUGUCGACAUGAACCAUGUCAGUAUGGGCUGAUGAACAAUUUCCAGGUCAUGAGCAUGGUGUCAGGGUUUGGCCCUCUCAUCACUGCUGGCAUCUUUUCUGCAACACUCUCCUCAGCCCUGGCCUCCCUCGUCAGCGCACCCAAAGUUUUCCAGGCUCUGUGCAAGGACAACAUCUACAAAGCCCUGCAGUUCUUUGCAAAGGGAUAUGGGAAAAACAAUGAGCCCCUGAGAGGAUACUUUCUCACUUUUGUUAUAGCCAUGGCGUUCAUUCUUAUUGCGGAACUGAAUACCAUUGCUCCCAUCAUCUCCAACUUUUUCCUGGCCUCAUAUGCACUCAUUAAUUUCUCCUGCUUUCAUGCCUCUUAUGCCAAAUCUCCAGGAUGGAGACCUGCAUACGGUAUUUACAACAUGUGGGUAUCUCUUUUUGGAGCUAUUCUGUGCUGUGCAGUCAUGUUUGUCAUCAACUGGUGGGCAGCUGUCAUCACCUAUGUCAUUGAGUUCUUCCUCUAUAUCUAUGUGACUUACAAGAAGCCAGAUGUGAACUGGGGCUCCUCCACGCAGGCUCUUUCCUACGUGAGUGCUUUAGACAAUGCUCUGGAACUAACUACAGUGGAAGACCAUGUGAAAAAUUUCAGGCCUCAGUGCAUUGUCUUAACAGGGGGACCCAUGACAAGACCUGCUCUCUUGGAUAUAACUCAUGCCUUUACCAAGAACAGUGGCCUUUGCAUCUGCUGUGAAGUCUUUGUGGGACCGCGCAAGCUGUGUGUUAAAGAGAUGAACAGCGGCAUGGCAAAAAAGCAGGCCUGGCUUAUAAAAAACAAAAUCAAGGCUUUUUAUGCAGCAGUGGCAGCAUAUUGUUUCAGGGACGGUGUCCGAAGUCUCCUUCAGGCCUCAGGCUUAGGAAGAAUGAAACCAAACACUCUGGUGAUUGGAUAUAAAAAAAACUGGAGGAAGGCUCCCCUGACAGAGAUUGAAAACUACGUGGGAAUCAUACAUGAUGCGUUUGAUUUUGAGAUUGGUGUUGUCAUAGUCAGAAUCAGCCAAGGGUUUGACAUCUCCCAGGUUCUUCAGGUGCAAGAUGAAUUAGAGAAAUUAGAACAGGAGAGACUGGCUUUGGAAGCCACUAUCAAAGAUAAUGAAUGCGAAGAAGAAAGUGGAGGCCUCCGAGGCUUGUUUAAAAAAGCUGGCAAGCUGAACAUUACUAAGCCAACUCCCAAAAAAGACAGCAGCAUUAACACAAUCCAGUCGAUGCAUGUGGGGGAGAUCAACCAGAAACUGGUGGAAGCCAGCACCCAAUUUAAAAAGAAGCAAGGAAAAGGCACAAUUGAUGUUUGGUGGCUGUUUGAUGAUGGAGGGUUAACACUCCUUAUCCCCUAUAUCUUGACUCUCAGAAAAAAAUGGAAAGACUGUAAAUUAAGAAUCUAUGUCGGAGGGAAGAUCAAUCGCAUUGAAGAAGAAAAAAUUACAAUGGCUUCCCUCCUGAGCAAAUUUAGGAUAAAAUUUGCAGACAUCCAUGUCAUUGGUGACAUCAACAUCAAGCCAAACAAAGAAAGCUGGAAAUUCUUUGAAGAAAUGAUUGAACCAUAUCGUCUCCAUGAAAGCUGCAAAGAUUUAACAACUGCUGAGAAAUUAAAGAGAGAAACUCCGUGGAAAAUUACAGAUGCAGAACUGGAAGCAGUCAAGGAAAAGAGUUACCGCCAAGUUCGACUGAACGAACUCUUACAGGAGCACUCAAGAGCUGCUAAUCUCAUAGUCCUGAGCCUUCCAGUGGCAAGAAAAGGAUCUAUAUCAGAUUGGUUGUACAUGGCUUGGCUGGAAAUCCUCACGAAGAACCUCCCUCCUGUCUUACUAGUUAGAGGAAAUCACAAAAAUAUCCUGACGUUUUAUUCUUAAAAGAUAAAGGAUUAGAACACAUUUUACCUUAAUGUAUGAGUAAGUAGGAGACAUGUUCCAGUACUUCAUGUUAUAAAUCUGAUCUGUGGAUAUGCAAACCUCUGGAGACCAAGUAAACUUUGUCAUUUUUUAAAUUAUUACUUAAUAGGAGCUAUUUUUUUUUUUCUAUCAGCUUAAGGGGGUGUCAAAGCCAAUGCUACCCCUAGAAAAACAUCUUGUCAUUGCUGUUGAAAAACAAGAAAAUGAAGCAAACCCAUGCUGGCUUAUGCCCAUGAAAACCACCAACUUAUUGUAAGCUUUCCCAGGCACACCUAAUCUUCUGUGUGCUUCUAGGCCCUGGUAGAGGCUUCAGCCACCAGCAGUUUCUCAUUAAAUGCCUAUUGACAGGCUGGUACAGUAACCAUGGGUGGUUAUCAAAGGAAAAGACCAACUGGGCAGGAAACGUGAUUAUGCUUGGCCUUCUGAGAAGCUUAUACCUACAAAGAAGAUUUGAAAAUCAGUAACCGAAACCUUUAAGGAGUACUUGCUUCUACACAGUGUUUAAAGCAGUUACCUAAAUGAGGUUAUUUAAUAUAACACAGAUCAUAUACUUAGAGUGAUCUGAGCGAUCGCUGAUAACAUAUGGCUUCAAUUUGGGGCUGAUUGAAAAAUAUAUUAGCUGGAUUAGGAGGCAACGUAUAUUCCAAUUAAGUGAAAUAUAUUCCAUCCUUAAUAUAUAAAUUUCAGUUGUUUCCCCUAUUUAGACAUUUCCAGCAUGGUAUUACUUUGCAUAUUUUUUUUCUAAUUAAGUGGGUAGCACAGAUGAAGUCUUCAUAGAUGUUUAAUUGAAAACCAAAUACCACACAUUUUCUAACUGUUAUAAAGAAGUAUAUCCUGAAUCAUAUAUUUAGUUACUUUAUACAGUGAUUGUAUAGAUUUAAAAGAAUAAUUAAAACGUGAAGUGGAGAAACUUGCAAAUUUGGAAUAUACAAGUAUCGAUUUUGUUUCAUUUGUUAGUGUUCCUAUAAUACUUAAUCAUAUUAAAAAACAACCAAAAACUUUUUUCUGAUGGAUGGCUUGCUUAUUUUUUUUCCUGACAUAUUAUGACUGUUUAUUCUAACUGAUAAAAUGUGAGGGGAAAAAAAUCAACCUGAAAUAAAACCACUCAAAUUCGUUUGCUCUGGCCUAGGUCAUGCUUUUACCUUUCAGUCACUAAAAUCACAGUGCAGGGCUUCCCUGGUGGCGCAGUGGUUGAGAAUCUGCCUGCUGAUGCAGGGGACACGGGUUCGAGCCCUGGUCUGGGAGUAUCCCACAUGCCGCAGAGCGACUGGGCCCGUGAGCCACAACUACUGAGUCUGUGCGUCUGGAGCCUCUGCUCCGCAACGAGAGGCCACGAUAAUGAGAGGCCCGCACACCGCGAUGAAGAGUGGCCCCCGCUUGCCACAACUAGAGAAAGCCCUCGCACAGAAAUGAAGACCCAACACAACAAAAAUUAAUUAAUAAACUCCUACCCCCAACAUCUUCUUUAAAAAUCACAGUGCAAUGGUGUAUCAGAUUUGAGCCUGAAAUUUUCAGUCGGUUGCCUCAUCUGCAGGUUGUUUAAAGCUGGGACUCAAGAUUAGUCUUCCAGGCCAGACUCUGGCCUCAGAAGGAUGACUAGGGAGGGAAAAGGGAAAUAGCAAAGCUUAAGAAGCAGCAUAUCCCUAUUCCAAAUCUGACACCACUGGACUUAACUCAGGCCUGGAUUAGCCCUCUCUCUUGAGCCCUAUGUACCUGAAAUCCAAAUGGCUAGAUGCCAUCAUGGUGACCAGAGCAAGGAGCACCCGGCUUCAUCUGGAUCUGACACUUCCCUAAAACACUUGAUAGGGUCUCUGGAAAAGGUGAAAAGUCAUAUGACUUCUAUAACAUGAAAUUCUGGCUCUCGUUUCUUGAAGAAGCUGUUAUGUUAGGUCCCUUAGGAAACAGACUUGGAGAGAGUUUAGCGUGGAGCAUGUUUAUUAAGGAGUGCCCUUGGGAUCAACACCUGUGGAAGGAUGAGGGAAAGGUGAGGUGUGAUGCAGUCCCAAGGACAGUCUCAGUGACCUCACAGGGAGCUCUGGAGAUAGAAUGUCCCUUCAGAGUAGUCCCAAGAAGGGCUGAGUGGGCCAGGACUUUAUACUCCCACAUUUAUCAGUCAUUGGAGGUGGGUGGCCCAGGAAAGAGUGUGAACUUGGAUGAGGCAACUCUCUGCAGAUGAGGCAUACCAAAGGGCCUGAAAGUUGAAGUCGGUCUGCUGACAGCACUCCCAGAUGCUGCGGCAAUAAGUCCUUCAUUAAGCAGGGUGUGGGUGGGGUAUCACCAUGCCAACUGCAGGGGUCAUAUAAAGUACUGGUCCAAAAACAAACAAACAAACAAACACUCAGACUGGCCUAAGUUCAAGUCUCACCAUUUAUUAGUGGUAUUACCUUAAACUAGUUAUUUAAUAUUUUGAGGGUUACUGUCAAAAGAGUGACUGAAGGGAUGUCCCUUGCGUUCCAGGUUAAGAAAGGAGGAGAACAUGGACCAAGAAAAACGGGGAUGGGUGGUAGUAAGGGACUGGUGAUGAUGAGGUCAAGAGCAGCUGUAUUGGGAAUAGGUUAGGGUAGCAGAAAAUUGAAAGGAUGGGGGCUAUGGUCAAAUGCCAACAGAUUUUUGUAGUCCUCAGUGUCC